AUGGCCGAGCGGAGGUUCACCGGACACGUCGGCCUGAGUUCCGCUGUGUGGUGGAACAAACCAGUUCUCACCUGCUGGUCGAGACCUGAAGCCCAACGCCCAGUUACCGUUUCCAGAGAACCAUCACCGGACGACUGUCGGAGCUGUCUGGAGUGUUCCCGUGACAACGGCUGCCUGCGUUGCCCCGAGCGACUCUUCCUGUCCCUGACGAGGGACGGGAUGUCUCACCACGGGACGUGUGUCCACGCCUGCCCGGCCGGACACUACGGGCAGAGAGGGGAGGACGUCAACCGCUGCUCCAAAUGCCGCUCUCUGGACUGCGAGCACUGUUUCAGCCGGGACUUCUGCACCCGGUGUAAAUCCGGCUUCCUGCUGUACAAAGGAAAGUGUCUGACGAGCUGCCCCGAGGAAACGUUCAACCACCAAACCGACUGCGUAGACAACUGUCUCUUGGCUCCGCUGGGAGACUGGAGCGAGUGGAGCGUCUGUCUCCGUGAUGGCGCCCCCUGUGGCUUCAGGUGGGGCAGGCAGACCAGGACUCGGGGGGGCAGGACGCCGGAGGAGAACGCCGCUCGGCUUUGUCCGUCGCACAACGAGACACAAAGGUGCAGGAUGAAGAAGAAGUGUCCCACAGAAAGAAGACAGAAUAAAAAAGGCCUCGGAAGAAAGAGGGAGAGGAAACGCCUGCUACUCCUCAGCAGCGACUCACAGGGAGGAAGCUGAGGAGGAAGCUGAGGAGGAAGCUGAGGAGGAAGCUGAGGAGGAAGCUGAGGAGGAAUCUGAGGAGGAAGCUGAGGAGGUGACGGGCGAGCGGCGAGAUGAGCGGCUCAACACGUGUCCCCAAUUUCAAUCUGAGACCAAAUCAGUGUUUGAGGAUGUUUCCGAUCAGACUCGUUAUUAAAAACAUCAGAAAGUUGUUUACUGGAAACUUCAGUGGAUUCUAUGACUAAGACAUUCUGUGAGUAACGAUUUCCAGAGACGCUGGAGACUCGGUGAUCGUCAGCAAACAUCUGUCCCCCGGAGGAUCCAGGGUUUAUCUGGUGUCCCACCACGGAGACGGACUGGUUCCUGGUUCCCAGUCACACAAUAUUAAAGUUUGAUCUGUGCGUUCGUAUUUAAAAGAGAGAAAAACUAAGUUGUGUGAAGAAAUUUCCUUCAAAUCAAACUGUAAUUAAUUGUUUUUUUUUCAAUGUAAAAUGUUCUUCUUCUCGUCCAGUUUGCUUCUGUCAGUUUUAUAUUGAACAAUAUCUCUAUGACGAAAUGGGAUUUUAUUCCACAACAUGAAUGUAUGUGUCACUAAAUGUAAAUAUG